AUUGACUUGGAAAAAAAAAAUUUUCAACUUGACAAAUGAUUUGGAAUGUGCAAAUUCUAAGUAUAAGCAAUUAAAUGACCAAUAUGCCAAUGAAAAUGAAACUCAUGAAGCAGAUAUAAUCCAUUGUCAGUCAGAAAUUGAAAAUCUCAUGAGUGAAAAACUUGAAGCCUAUCGUCAAUUGACGGCACUUAAGGAAAAACAUGAAAUAUUGCAAAAUGAUUAUGAUCAACUUAAAAGUAAUUUGGAUGACCAGAAUCCUUUAAAUGAUACAGAUACAACUUCUGUUCACAUGAGCGAACAAAAUACAGUUCUAAAAGGAAAAUUGAAUGAAACUCAACGUUUAAUUGAUUCAGCCUAUUCAAGAGUGUUCUGCGAAUGGCCACCAAUUGAAAAUGAUUCUGACUGGGUAGUUGUUCAAUCCAAAAAAUUAGAUAAAAUAGUCGAUGCUAGAUCUUCUGACGGUAUUGAUGGUUUUAAUUUAGAAGAAACGGAAGUUAAACAGUUACAAACUUGCGUUCAAACUAUUCAUGAAUUAGUUUCUUCUAUUUUAACCAAUACAUCCAGUAUUGAAAUUUCUUCAAGUAAUGUACUAGUUGAUUUAAUGUCAGGCCUAAAAUCGUGCUCAGAAACAUUGUUAGAAUUAAUAUCUCUUAAAAAUAAUAAAUCCACCAACAAAAUUUGUACAGAAUUAUCUCAGGAUCAUGUUGUUCAAGAUAGUAAUUCAUUUUCCCCGGAAAAAUCAUCAAUAAAUGAAUCUUUAAAUUCAAGUGAAGAAGCAACACAAUCUUCCUUAUUAAGAAGUGGAGAAAACGAACAGCUACAGCGGUCCAUUGCUGAGCGUGAUCGAUUAAUUGAAUUUCUUUCAGUUAAAAUAUCAAAAUUAGAAAAUUUAAAUCGAAAUGUUGAUGAUAUAAGAUUAGUUCGAGACAAACUUGACAGAGCAUUAACAGCUGUUCAUGAGAGAGAUGUUCGAUGUGACGAAUUAACUUUAGAAUUAACCCGGUUAUUAGAAGAACGUGAUAUGCUGCAAUUGAAACUAUCAAACUCUAUUAGACAAAUUCAAUUCUUGUCUGACAAUAAGCCGCAAUCGGGUACAUCAAAUUUGCCAGAGGAAAAAUUUAAUUUGAAAACCAUGGAUGAUAAACUAGAAGAAUUGCACAGUUUAGAGUAUAGAAGAGAUGCUGAGUUGUUUAAUGAUCAAGAACAGAGACAUAUGUCUCAAAUGCAACUCCAUAAAAAUCGUCAAGAUAAUUCUAUUAUCCCAGAAGCUAAUUCACAUAAAACUACAGAAGAAGCAAAUACUGCACUAUCCUGGUUUAAAGAUAUAUUAUGGUGAAGAUAUUAAACUUAUUAACUUUAACCUCUUAAUAUUUAUUUAGUAAUAAGUAAGAUUAACUAGGUAUUGUUAUUUUGUUUUUAAUUGGAAAUAAACAUUAGUGAUUCUUA